AUGGUGCCAAGCCUCUCGGCGCUGGCGCUCGGCGUAUCGGCGUGGAGUUACUGCGUGUUGGCGCAAGUGUUUUCCUCCAACUUGAGCGCGGUGGACACCGGGGCGCAGCCCAGCUUCAUCCAGCGGCGCCUGCGGAGUCAGGAGCGCCGCGAGCUGCAGCGGGAGAUCCUCUCCAUCCUGGGGCUGCACCAGCGCCCGCGGCCGCACCUCGGCACCAAGCACAACGCCGCCCCGGUCUUCAUGCUGGAUUUGUACAACGCCGUCUCCGCGGACCCGGAGCCCCCGGGCUAUUCCUACUACCAGCCGGAUCUCCUUCGCUGGAGGGAGUUUCGCUUCGACCUAUCCCGUAUUCCAGAGGGAGAGGCAGUCACGGCGGCAGAGUUUCGAAUUUAUAAGGAGUACGUCCGGGAACGCUUUGAGAACGAGACAUUUAGAGUCAGUGUCUACCAGGUCCUGCAGGAGCCCUCAAACAGAGAAGCUGACUUUUUCUUGCUGGACCAGCGAGUGGUGUGGGCUGCUGAGGAGGGCUGGCUGGUCUUUGACCUGACUGUCACAAGCAACCAUUGGCUGGUCAACCCUGACCAGAACCUAGGCCUGCAUCUUCUCCUGGAGGACAGUGAUGGUGAGAGGGUGAAUCCCAGGUUAGUGGGAAUGGUGGGGAGUAAUGGUCCCCAGGACAAGCAGCCCUUCAUGGUUGCCUUUUUCAAGGCUACCGAAGUGCGCUUCCGCAAUGUUCGCUCUGCCUACGGCCACAAGGCGCGGCACUCGAACCGUUCCAAACCACAGAAGUCUGCCCAAGACGCACUUAAGGCAGCGGAGACUGCAACAGAUAACCUCAGCAACGCCAAACAAGGCUGUAAAAAACAUGAGCUCUAUGUCAGUUUCAGAGAUUUGGGAUGGCAGGACUGGAUCAUAGCACCUGAAGGCUACGCGGCAUACUAUUGCGAGGGAGAGUGCGCCUUUCCUCUCAACUCCUACAUGAAUGCAACCAAUCAUGCUAUUGUGCAAACUCUGGUGCACUUUAUCAAUCCAGAGACAGUGCCUAAGCCUUGCUGUGCCCCUACACAGCUCCAUGGCAUUUCGGUGCUCUACUUCGAUGACAACUCCAACGUCAUUCUCAAGAAGUACCGUAACAUGGUUGUGAAGGCCUGUGGCUGCCACUGA